AUGAGUCGAAGUGCUACUAUAGUUAUUUCCUAUGUUAUGAUAUCUACAAGUAUCCCAGCUAAUGAGGCAAUUAAGUUUGUUUAGAAGAAGCAUUCAAAAACUUAUCCAAAUUAACAUUUCAUUGAGGAACUUAUCAAACUAGAAAAAUAAUUAAAAGCAGGUAGAGAUAUACAAAAAUUGCCAUUUGAAAUUUAAAAAGAAGAAGAGAAAAAGGAGUAUGAAUAUUGA